CGGGUCAGGACGUGCGCGCGCCCGAACAAACGUCACUCCAUUCGCCUGCACAGUCUUGCUCUUUUUUUUUUGGGCAUUUUGUCAAACACGACUUUUAAUCCGCUCCGAGUUUUUACUCGGUACAGACUUUGGUCUCUUGUCAUCCGUCCGGAAGUGUGUUCCGUCCGUACUUGCACCCUGCAAUAAUAAAGUGAUUACAUUAUACCAAAAGUGCAUUUUUUUCGUCGAUACUUCGACAAAGAAAAAUAAGAAAAAGAAAACGUCGCUUGUGUGGUUCUUGUGUAUUGAUACAUAUACGGAGUAAGUGCACUGCACGUACAGACGAAAAAGAGGCCCCGAGUUUUUCGAGCUCUUCGCCAGCCACACGCAUAUAAAAGUACAGCAGCAGCAGCAGUAAUAUAACAACAGCAGUCGACCGACGCAGCUCUCUCAUAAAUACACACACGGAGGUUGUGUGUUGUGUGCUGUGCUGUGUGCUGCGUUGGCCUGGCCAUAUAGCUCGAGCGAGACAGAAACAGCUGCUUCCGAUUCACGACUCGCAAGCUGCAGCGCACCACCCGUGAAUUCGUCCUCGCUGCGUGUCCCUCAAAGUCGCAACCACGUUGCCAGCAACGCUAGCCUCGGCAGCUGAGCUGGAAGCUGCCAACCAGCAACGAGUCGCCUGUCUAGCCGCAGCUCUGUACCCGGGUAAUUUAGCGGCGGCCGCGGCGGCAGCGGCUCCUGCACAGGCGGUAGCGGCGGCGGCAGCAGCAGCGGCGGCGGUAGCUGCUCAACAGCAGCAGCAGCAGCAGCAGCAGUCCAGCACGGCCAACCAGAACGGGCACCAGCAGCAGCUAGCUGCGGCCCGUGCCAACGCCACAGAAAUUAGUAGCGAACUACUGAGGAUGCUGAUGCCCGGAGCAGCGGGUCUCGCGGGCCCCGGGGGCGUACCCGGCGCGGGAGCCGGGCCCAAUCACAACGACCUGAUGGCCGGACUGGGCGCCGUGGCGGGCGACACGCCCCAGCCCAAGGACACCACCUGGACCAAGCUCUUCGUCGGCGGCCUGCCGUAUCACACGACCGACAAGAGUCUGCGCGAGCACUUCACCGUCUACGGCGACAUCGAGGAAGCCGUCGUCAUCACGGACAGACAGACCGGCAAGAGCCGUGGUUAUGGUUUCGUCAUCAUGGGUGACAGGCCCGCCGCGGAGCGCGCCUGCAAGGAUGCGAAUCCGAUAAUCGACGGCAGAAAGGCCAACGUCAAUCUGGCCAUACUUGGCGCCAAGCCAAGGGGCAAUCUACAAGCCGGUGAGUCGUCGCUCAUACCGUUCCCCUUCUCGGCUGGAAUACGCGCCGGCUACCCCGCAGUUUUACCAGGACAGUAUGGAGUACCACCUGGCUACAUGUACCAAUCGCCGUAUCUGGCGACAGCCGCGCCGGGCGCCCUGGUCCAGCUCCCUGGCCAGCAGCUGAAUCACGCGGCAGCGAUAGCCGCCGCAGCGGCCUCGCAGUUCUAUGAUUUUCAAAGCGCAGCAGCCGCGGCUGCCAGCGCCUACCCGGCUGGGGCCUACAACUUCGCCGAGGCCUAUCCGUACACGACGGCGGCAGCAGCUGGUAUGUCCGGCUUAAAAAUUGCCUCGAAGGCACCCGCGAUCAUGCACACAGGACCACCACUACCAACUCAUCACCAGCAUCAUCAACAACAACAGCAGCAGCAGCAGCAGCAGCAGAAACAACAGCAGCAGCAGCAGUCACACUCGAGUCCCCAGACGAACGGCAGUCCCGUUCAGUUCGGCGGGCCCCACUUGAUGGAACAGACAAUGUUGCCGCAAUUUAUGCCCUCGAUGCUGCGCGGCAAUGCUAACGCAGCGAGUUACGUACCUUACACGGCCUACGCAGCUUUGCCUGGUGCAGCGGGUAUACCAGCCGCAGCGACGGCCGCAGGAGCCUUUCCCGGGCUUCCUUACCAAGCUGCACCACAGGAAGCGCGACUUCCAUAAUUUUAAGGAAAAAAUGACAUCGAAAAUACAACUGAAUCCAGGUUGAGACGAGAUAUUCUUCGGCUACUUUACCAAAAAAAAAAUAUCACUCUCUCGAUCGGAAGACAGAUGAAUUUACAUCUUUUCUUGAUACUUCACCGCUCACAUAGUUUAUUUCGUUUAUUAAUAGGAAAAAUUCGACGAGGUUAAUAAUCAGCGGCGAACUGUCUUGGAAAAAGAUGUGCGAAAAUAAUUAUGUUAUUUUUAAGUUAUAACGAUGUAUUACUAUGUCAAAAAACAAUCGACUACAAUUUUUUAACAAGCUCAAAAGUAUUUGGUGCUGUUAGAGUAUGAGAUUUUUGUCUUAUCACUUGUUCAAUCGCAAGUUGAUGCACGCACGUAAUAUACAAAAAUGAAUUCAAUCGAAAGAUUUAUUUUAAAUUAAAAAAAAUAAUAAUAAUCGAAUCAGGUACAAUGCCAUUUCCUUGAAUUAUUCAAUUGUUAUAACGAACGUGACCUGCGAAUAAGAAUAUUUAUUAAUUAAAAGCUAGUGUAAUAUAUAAUUGUCAAAAAAAUUACUCUUUAUAUAGUGAAGCUGCAGACUAACGCGCAAGCUUUGAAGGCUCGACAGCAAAAGCCUCCCAAAGAUACGCUAGAUAUUAUAUAAUGAAGUUUGUAAAUCGAUGAACGUAAAGUUUUGUAGCGAGUUUGACGGCGAAAAAAUUAAAGAGAUGCUUCGAAUGAUCAUUGACAGCUGAAAAUAUCAAAGCACAAAUAGUUAAAAGGAAAAGCUCCCGAGAAGAUGCGUGUAUUUUUUAAUUUAUAUACUAUAUACGAACAUGCACGUAUAACCAUAAGGAUGAGAAUGUGCGAGUAAAUGAAUGAAAAUAUUUAUGACGACAAAAUAAAAAAAAAUGUUGUUGUGUGAAUGUAAGUUCAAGCAGAAAACUAGUGGAAAUCUAGAUUUUUUAAAUUAUUAUUACUUUAUUAAAACAACUAUCAUGUAAUUAUUCUAUAUUAUUACUCAUAAUUCAAAUCUCGAAAUCUUAUUGAAUUGACAUUCAUUUGUUCUCUUGCAAAUUGAUGAGGAAUAAAAUGUAUAUUAAAAAAUAUCGUUGACUAUAUUUGAUGAGAAACAAUAAAUAAGAAUUAAUUUCAAAUUUAUCUUACAACUAUUAACUCUCUGAUACAUUAUAAAUAAAUACCAAUGGUGCAUCCAGAUGGAAAUAAUCGUUACCACGGAUGAUCAAAAGUUACCUGGUAGAAAUUUUUUUUCAAUUUUCCAUGCAUAAUAAUUUAUAACUAUUCUUCAAAGGAUGCAAUGAAUUGAUUGUUGCCUUACAAAACUACAAACACAAUUAACAGUUGCUCAUUCGCAGUAUUUGAUUGUAUGCUUGAAUAAAAAAUACAUCUGACCAAUCACAGUGCCUUUCAACGGUAUUAAACUUCAAUGAAUUAU